AUGGCGUCAUCGGCUCAAAAGCAACUCCCAAUGCUCUUCCUAGUUUACGUCCUUCUCUUGCUUAUUUUUAUGCAAGAAGUGCCUCAUCCUGCUUCACCCAACAGCUCGCCUCUGAUGGCCGUCGCUCUUUCCAAGAGCGAAACGAGAGAUGAAGAAGUGAAGGCACUCCUAAAGUGGAAAUCUAAGCUCGAUGAAGAGAGCCGCUCUAUUUUGUCCUCGUGGAAUGGUAGUGACCCCUGUUCAUGGCAAGGACUUGGUUGCGGUCCUCUCGGAAGCGUCAUCGGCUUGAACCUCUCGAGCUCCGCCCUCCGCGGUAUGCUUCAUGAUCUCGAUUUAUCCUCAUUGCCCAACUUGGUCAUGCUUAAACUUGCAAACAACUCGCUCUUGGGGGACAUCCCCUCGAGCAUUGGCAAUCUUUCCAAGCUCGCUUACCUAGACUUGUCUCAAAACCUCCUUUCUGGAGACAUUCCGACCCAACUCGGAUCGUUGCGGUCUCUAAAAGUUCUGGACUUAUCAUCGAACAAUAUCACGGGUUCGGUCCCCAGCUCUAUAGGAAGUUUGAGUAACUUGACCGGCUUAUACCUUCAAAACAAUAACAUCUCCAAGUUCAUCCCUCGAGAAGUAGGAAUGCUCAAAUCUCUCAAUGAUCUGUUUCUAUAUAGUAACCACAUCGGUGGCCGCAUUCCAUCAUCCAUUGGAAACAUGAGCAGUUUGAUGAGGUUAUGGCUUUUCAAUAAUGAUUUUAUCGGGUCCAUUCCAAUAGAAAUAGGAAUGUUGGUGUCUCUUAGUGAGCUCGACUUAUCAGCCAAUUACCUCAAUGGAUCUAUCCCUCCAACUCUAGGAAAUUUGAGCAAUUUAGCCUUUCUUUACUUCUAUGAAAACCAACUCUCUGGCCCCAUACCUAAAGAAGUUGGAGGAAUGAAAUCUCUCGUACAUCUUCAGUUGUUAGACAAUGAUCUAACAUGUUCAAUCCCAUCUUCAAUAGGGAACUUGAGCAACUUAAACAUUCUUUAUCUUUUCCAGAAUAAACUUUCCGGUCCUAUUCCUCCCGAAAUCGGAAACCUUAGAUCUCUCUCUGAACUCUCUAUCUAUGCUAAUAAUCUCACGGGAUCUAUCCCGGAAACGAUCGGGAAGUUGGGCAACUUGACCCUCUUGUUCCUCUUUGGAAACAGUAUCUACGGCCCUAUACCUCCUACUAUCGGAAACUUAAGCAAGCUCAAUGAAUUGCACCUGUACCAAAAUAAGUUGUCCCGCUCUAUUCCGAAAGAGAUAGGAAGGCUACGUCUCCUCGUUAAACCGGCUCUAUAUCGGAAUAGCCUUGAAGGCUCUCUUCCCAUUGAGUUCAACAAUCUCACAUCCCUCACAAGCCUACAACUAUCUGAUAACCAGUUUGUCGGCCAAUCGCCCCGGAUAUAUGCCGUGGUCAAGUUCUUGAGAACUUCACUUGCUCAAAAUAAUCACUUCACGGGACCGAUAGCACGAAGCCCUGAAAAAUUGUACGAGCUUGUAUAG